ACUUCCCAAUACUUCCAGCUCAGAAUACUAACUCAAUCCCCAAAAUCAAUCCCCGCCACCACUGCCACCGCCGCAAUGCCGGUAUUUAAAACGCCAUUCAACGGUUACUCCGUCAAAUUCAGCCCAUUCCACGAGUCCCGCCUCGCCGUCGCCACCUCCCAAAACUUCGGAAUCCUCGGAAACGGCCGUGUCCACAUCCUCUCCCUCCCUCCCUCCCCUUCCCUCCCUCUGACCGAACUCAUCUCCUUCGACACCGCCGACGGCGUCUACGACAUCGCCUGGUCCGAAUCACACGACUCCCUCCUAGUCGCCGCCGUAGCCGACGGCUCCGUCAAACUAUACGACACCGCUUUACCUCCUCAACAAAACCCUCUCCGCUCACUACAAGAACACACGCGUGAAGUCCACUCCGUUGACUACAACCCCACGCGCCGUGACUCGUUCAUAACAUCCUCGUGGGACGACACGAUCAAAUUAUGGACUCUCGACCGUCCAGCUAGCAUCCGUACAUUCAAAGAACACUCCUACUGCGUGUACUCAGCCGCGUGGAAUCCACGCCACACUGAUGUUUUCGCGUCGGCGUCGGGGGAUUGUACGGUCAGGAUUUGGGACGUACGCGAGCCCGGUUCGACUAUGAUAAUUCCAGGUCAUGAUUUUGAGAUAUUAACUUGUGAUUGGAAUAAGUAUGAUGAUUGUGUAAUUGCUACUGCUUCUGUUGAUAAAAGUAUUAAAAUUUGGGAUGUUAGGACUUAUAGGCAGCCAAUAAGUGUGUUGAAUGGGCACGGUUAUGCGGUUCGGAAAGUUAAAUUUUCGCCGCAUCAUAGGAAUUUAAUGGUGUCUUGUUCUUAUGAUAUGACUGUUUGUAUGUGGGAUUUCAUGAUUGAGGAUGCUUUAGUUGGGAGGUAUGAUCAUCAUACCGAAUUUACGGUUGGGGUCGAUAUGAGUGUGCUUGUCGAGGGGUUGCUGGCUAGUACGGGUUGGGAUGAGUUGGUUUAUGUCUGGCAGCACGGGACGGACCCUAGAGCGCCUUGAUUGAUAGAGAAUGUGGUUUUUGUUUGUCUCAAUUUGUUCCUGUAUCUUGGUUUUUAAACAGCAUAAAAGAAUGGAUUCAUGUUGUCAAACUUUGAUAGAAUAACUUUCGGAAUGAUCCCUUUAUAUGUCGAUCUUAGAUAGAAUAACGGGUGGAAUGAUCCCCUUAUCUUUUGAUCUUGGUAAUGCCAACGGGUAUGUCUCGCAAACCCUUGUAUAUCGGUUUUGAUAAUGGAAAAAUGUUUAUACUGA